ACUUUUGUUACUGCAAUGCAAAAAUAUGGAACAAACUUCGCCAUCUUAUUAUAGCGUUCUUGGCGUCACUGUGGAUUCUUCUCCUGAAGAAAUCAAACAAGCUUAUCGCAAGCUUGCCAUGAAAUGGCAUCCUGAUAAGUGGACGAAAACUCCAUCUUUGUUGGGGAAAGCCAAGAGCAAGUUCCAGCAGAUUCAAGAAGCUUACACAGUUUUAUCAGAUGAGAAAAAGAGAACACUAUACGAUGUGGGCUUGUAUAAUCCUGAAUAUGAAGAAGAGGAGGGGUUUUCUGAUUUUGUGCAAGAAAUGGUGUCUCUAAUGGCUCAAACAAGAAAAGAGGACAAAAGUUACAGCUUGGAGGAGCUACAGGCAAUGUUGAUGGAGAUGUCAGAAGGAUUUGAGGCAUCCACAUGGUUGAACGAAUACCCAAUUCUUGAAGAUUCAAGAUGUUCAAAGAGGACCCGUUGGGAAACGAGAAGCUCACAUUUCGGUUGGGAGAUGUAUGGAGCAAGUGGCACUUAUUGCAGAUAAAUUCAAGAUCAAAAUUUUUGCUCUGUUGAAAACAAAUGGUGCAUGAAAGAGAAACACAUGAAAUAUAUGUGGGCAGCGCAGGUGGAGCCACAAAGGAAUUGGCUUUUUUCUCUAUGAACAAGGCCUCAUUGGGGGAAUUGAGAUUUUAUCAAUGUUCUGUUAUGCGGUUUGUUGAAUUUGUUCAUGAGAACAAAUGUAUGAGAAUUUGGUAGAUGUAUUGAGUGUCAACAUGUGCUUAUUUGGUUUCGAAUACAUUUGAAAUCUUGGAAAAUUUGCUUGACAAUCGAGAAUACUAAGAUUAUACAGGAAAGAUAGCUUUCUGUUUAGCUUGUCCAGGUCAGCGCAUUUC